GCCAAAUUCAACAAAGUGAAAUUAACUCGGCUUUGGCGUAUGCGUACCAUUGUGCUAGUGUGUGUGUUUUUCUUUGUAUAUAGACUCGCAGAGAGAGACGGUCAUAUUCAACGGCUAGACGGGCCGGCAGGUGCGCGAGUGCGAGCGAGAAGAAUGCUGUGCGGGCGCUGCAGCUCUGUGUUAUUUCAGAGUUCCAGGCCAAACAUUCUGAUGUGCGGCCGAAUCGAAUCGACUUUUUGUGUGCAUCCCAGCGUUUUUCGCCUUAAUUAAUUAGUAAUUGCAAACGGGCGCAAUUAUGCACCAAAUUAUGGACUAAUCAAAUUACCAGCUUUGCGCUCUCUUAUUCUUCCUCUUAAAAAUUCGUUUGCUCCUCUCACACAAUACGGUCAAUCGCGCAAAAGGACCAUCCGUAAGACCAGCGAACAAACAAGUUCGAGAGAGCCACGAAUAGAGGACUUUGCACUGGGCACCUGAAGGCAGACAGCUGGCUAGCGAAGAUUAGAAGGAUCAGGAGAAGCGGGAACAGGAUCAGGAGCGGCUAUAACACCCGGCAGACAGCACAUCCACUGAGAGCGACGUGAACCAAUGGGCACCAACUCGGGAGCCACCGCUGGCAUCAACAACAAGCCGGUAGGCGGUGCGGCAGGUGCCGGCGUCCUUGGCGGCGGCGGAGUGGGCGGCGCCAACUCCUCGAUCGGCGGCGUCCUGUCCAACAGUUUGGGCGGAGGCGGCAGUGGCGGUCUGAGCAUCAGCGGUUUGAACGCUGGUGGACAGAACGCCAAUGUGGGCGGCCUAGUCGGCGGCGGCGGAAUGGGCAACGUAGGCGGUGACGACGGCGGCAACGGGAUGGUCGGCGGAGGACCAAACAACCAGCAGGCAACCACGCCCCAGUACACAAUACCAGGCAUCUUGCACUUUAUACAACACGAGUGGUCGCGCUUCGAGCUAGAGCGAUCACAAUGGGACGUGGACAGGGCAGAAUUGCAGGCUCGCAUCGCAAUGCUGCUUGGAGAGCGCAAGUGCUUGGAAAGCCUUAAAUCGGACCUGACGCGCCGCAUCAAGAUGCUGGAGUACGCGUUGCGCCAAGAGCGGGCCAAGUUCUACCGCUUAAAAUACGGCACAGAUCCGCCACAACUGAAUGAGUUCAAGCCGUCGAACGAAGACGCUGCACUGGCCGGAGAGGUGGCCACUGAUUCAGAGGUGCCCUACAGCAGUGUCUCGAACACUACGUGGCGUCAGGGACGUCAGAUGCUGCGUCAGUAUCUGGCGGAGAUUGGCUACACAGACAACAUUAUCGACGUGCGCUCGAAUCGUGUGCGUUCGAUCCUCGGGCUGAACAACAAUGCAGAACACGACGGCAGCGGUGGAGGUCUGGGUGGUGGACUUGGCGGUGGUACCGGCGGCGAGAAUCUGAGUCCCAACAUCAAUGGAAACGAGAGCAACAAGCGUGCUUCGGAGACGGAAGGCCGUCAUACUCCCGCUAAAAAAGUGCAACAAUCGAUCGACGAAAUAAUUGUGGAUACCGAGGCAGCUGUUAUGGCGAACUUUGAAUUCCUGGGCGCCACCGAAAUGUCUGAUGAUGACGAGAUAUCCGAUGAUCUAGAUAUGAUGGCUACCGACAAUGACGACACGGACGUAAAGAUGGCCAAGCGUGCCAAAUCUGGCAAGGAUAUGCUCAGCGAGGAGGUUGACGGCUCUUUGGGACUGGGCGAGCUGGCCCAACUGACGGUGAAUAACGAAUCUGAUGGAGCCUACGAUGCAAAUUCUAAGGAUGGAACUGGCGGCAGUGCUGGCGGUGCUGGUUACCGCAAGACCUGGAACGCCAAGUACACGCUUCGCUCACACUUCGACGGAGUGCGCUCACUUAUUUUUCACCCCGAGGAGCCGGUGCUGAUUACCGCCUCCGAAGAUCACACAUUAAAGCUAUGGAAUCUACAAAAAACAGUGCAGGCUAAAAAGUCUGCUAGCUUGGAUGUGGAGCCGCUAUAUACUUUCCGGGCCCACACGGGUCCUGUUCUGUGUCUGGGCAUGUCAUCCAACGGCGAAACGUGUUACUCCGGUGGCCUGGACGGUAACAUUGAGUGCUGGCAGUUGCCGUCGCCAAAUAUUGAUCCGUACGAUUGCUACGAUCCAAACGUGCAUUCCGGCACGCUCGAGGGGCAUACGGACGCCGUGUGGGGCCUUACCACCAUGCAGAGCAACAUUGUAUCAUGCUCGGCGGACGGAACGGUUAAGCUGUGGUCGCCCUACAAUAAGGAGCCGUUGCUGCGAACCUACUCCGCCUCGGAAGCAGAGGGUGCGCCCUCCUCCGUCGACUUUGUGCGCAACGAGGUAGACCACAUCGUGGUGGCCUACAACAGUGCCCACUGUAUCGUUUACGACACCGAGACUGGCAAACAGGUAGUGCGGCUGGAGGCGGCACAGGAGAUGUCUGGCAACACGGGGAAGUUCAUCAACAAGGUAGUGUCGCACCCAACGCUUCCCAUCACGAUCACCGCCCACGAGGAUCGACACAUCCGAUUCUGGGACAACACCUCCGGCACGCUGGUACACUCGAUGGUGGCGCAUUUAGAGCCGGUCACCUCGCUGGCCGUCGAUGCUCACGGUCUGUAUUUGCUGUCCGGCUCGCAUGACUGCUCGAUACGGCUGUGGAACCUGGACAAUAAGACGUGCGUGCAGGAAAUCACGGCGCAUCGUAAGAAGUUCGACGAGAGCAUAUUCGAUGUGGCCUUCCAUGCCACAAAACCGUACAUCGCUAGUGCCGGGGCCGAUGGCCUCGCCAAGGUGUUUGUCUAAGAGAGACCACCACCCACCUGGCCGCGUCGGAUCGAACGAAUUCAGAAUUCGGAAUCCAGAGUGCAGAGUGCAGAUUACAGAUGCAGAAUCCACAGCCAGCAGCUCACAGCUAAGCGAUUGCGUUCGAGUUAAAUAAUUAUACAUACAUUAUAAAUAUACUAUACACUUAAAACUAAUUAUACUUCAACCGAGAACAACAA